AUGCAGAAUCAACCAUUCAAAUUCUCAAAAAUCAACUUUUCUAACCCGAACUCCUCCUUUCACAAAUAUGUUAAAGAUGAAGCACAAUCAAUAUAAAUGCCUGAAUCUAUAAUAGAGGAUUAGCAUAGAUCCUCUAUUUCUACUGAAGGAUCGUAUGACAAUUCAGAAUCUUAAAACAUUAAUAAAAAAGGAAAGAUCACCAAAAUUAAAGAUAGGGAUUAACUACAACCUUAAAAGUCAGAGACUAAAAACAUUCCCAAAAAUUUCGGAGUCUUAUUAAAGAAAUAUUUAUGUAGCAAAAAUACAGAAAAUUAAGCUAUCAAAGCUUUCUUGAAAAAUGGAGAACAUAAGAAGAACUUCUCUAGACAGGAUUUUACCAGGUUGUUUCAUGAUCCAAUUGCAGCUGAUUUAUCAAGGCAAUAUUUUUCUGGAUUUCAAAUUAUUCAUGAUCUUAUGAUAAGUGAAAAAAUACAAGAUGUUAAGAACCAUAUCAAAUAUAUAAGUAAGUUUUAUAAUUCUACUUACAAUAAAUAAGAGCUAGACGAACUUAAAUUAUAAUGA